CAGCAAUGGUCGAGUCAGCGAGAACCGCAGUGGAGCCGCACUGAGGCAAAGCAAGCUAGCCCCUUAUCUGGGGACUAGCACAACACAUAGGUGGAGAAAAAGAAGAGGAAUUUAGAAGUAAAUUGUAUCAACCCAAAACCUGAAUGCCGCCUGUUCAAUCAGAUUAACCGGAUAACCGGAAUUCCAAAACUCCUUGGACCUACAAGAUGACCGUUGUGGCAGGAGAUAACAUGGAUGAGACCGCAGCCGUACCGGGGCACCCGCAGGACGCGUACCCCCCCGACCAUGAAGACCACGACUGCUGCGAAAGAGUGGUCAUCAACAUUGCGGGGAUGCGGUUCGAGACCCAGCUCAAAACUCUCUCCCAGUUCCCCGAGACAUUGUUAGGCAACCCCAAGAAGAGGAUGCGCUACUUUGACCACCUGAGAAACGAGUAUUUCUUUGACAGAAACCGUCCCAGUUUCGAUGCCAUCCUCUACUAUUACCAGUCCGGGGGUAGGCUGAGAAGGCCCGUCAACGUCCCGUUGGAUAUGUUCUCUGAAGAGAUAAAGUUUUAUGAGUUGGGAGUGGAUGCCAUGGAGAAAUUCCGUGAGGAUGAGGGCUUCGUCAGGGAGGAAGAACGUCCUUUACCUGAGAAGGAAUUCCAGCGUCAGAUCUGGCUGCUUUUUGAGCACCCAGAGAGCUCGGGUCCGGCCAGAGGGAUUGCUAUAGUAUCUGUAAUGGUAAUUCUGAUUUCCAUAGUCAUAUUUUGUUUAGAGACUUUACCCGACUUGAAAGAGGACCCUAGGGGUCGUUUUAAGACUGUGGGGAAUCAUACCUUUUACUACAAACCAAACAUCCUAACCGACCCUUUCUUCAUUAUUGAAACUCUUUGUAUUAUCUGGUUCUCGUUUGAGUUGUUAGUGCGGUUUUUCGCGUGCCCAAGCAAGGCAGUCUUCUCCAAAAACAUGAUGAACAUUAUUGAUAUAGUGGCCAUCAUCCCUUACUUCAUCACACUGGGCACGGAGUUGGCUGAGGACCCCGAAGACCAGGACGAGGGCAUGGGAGAGCAGGCGACAUCUCUGGCCAUCCUUAGGGUAAUCAGACUGGUCAGAGUGUUUAGAAUCUUUAAGCUGUCACGACACUCCAAAGGAUUGCAGAUCCUGGGACAGACCCUCAAGGCCAGUAUGCGUGAACUCGGAUUGCUGAUAUUCUUCCUCUUCAUCGGAGUCAUCCUCUUCUCCAGCGCGGUGUACUUCGCAGAGGCCGAGGAGAAAGGGUCGUACUUCGGCAGCAUACCGGAAGCUUUCUGGUGGGCCGUGGUGUCUAUGACAACUGUGGGCUAUGGGGAUAUGGUGCCUGUCACUAUAGGGGGCAAGAUAGUGGGUUCCCUUUGCGCCAUUGCUGGUGUGUUGACGAUUGCGCUCCCAGUGCCUGUCAUUGUGUCCAACUUCAACUACUUCUACCAUAGGGAGACCGAGGGAGAGGAGCAGGCCCAACUCUUAAACGUUAGUGAACCAAACAUUAGUGAAAGCAACUCUAGUCGCCGCAGCUCGUCCACUGUCAGCAAAUCAGAAUACAUGGAAAUUGAUGGAGAUAUUAAUAAUAGCAUCGACAAUUUUAGAGAGGCAAACCUCAGAACUGGCAAUUGCACUCUCGCAAACCAAAACUGUGUAAAUAAAAGCAAGCUGCUCACAGAUGUGUAGAAUCGAAUGAGAAAACAUGGGACUUACAUGAUGCCGUCACACGUUGAGUACGCCAUCCUUUUUGAAUGCUUCAUUCGCCUCCUAUAAGCGCUCUAUGGCAUUAUGACAACAACCAUGCUCACCAAUUUGAAAGGAAUUAUUUGAAGGGGAAAAAAUAUGAAAAUGAAGCUGUUAUUAGAGAACACGACAGCUAGAGUAAUUCAUUAUUUUAAAAAUGAUCAUUCAAAUACGUAUUCAAAAUAUAUAAAAAAGAAACAUCAACUUCUAUUUAACACGCACACGCAUAAUCGCGCGCCCUUUGGACGACGACUAACCAACACCACUUAGACGACGUUUCUGUUUUUAUCAGACAACGCCAGGCGUGAUAAUUAAAACGUUAUGCAUCGGUACAGAUAACAUUUCAGCAAGUGCACACUGCAUCAAGGAUAAAAUUCAUCAUAAAUACCAUCUGCUGGGAAGAGAGAGACACGCAAGUCAGGAUCUGCUGCACCCAGUUAGUGGUCAGGCCGACCGACACCUGGCCUGAAGUCCGAGGCGACUCCUCUACCCCUCUGUCAUCAAAGGAUCUACUAUCCAGCAAAGCACCUUAUAGGAAAAUACUGAUAACGGAGGAUCACUGAUCUCCUGGUUUGGAUGUUAAAAAGAGGCUGAUGAUCUACUUGCCUCAGUCUGAAAGACCUACGGACAUCCGCAAUGCUGCUAUUUUUCAGCAGUAAAAUUCUGUAAUUAUGAUAUCAGCAAGUGGUACAAUGGCAUUUUUGCCCGUUAGAUGCAAGACAGCACAAUGAUAUAACAGAAGAGCUUCACAUGAGCAUGUUUAGAAGAGACUCCCCAUACAUUUUGAUAUUGGCAUGCGUGAUGAUGAGACAUAACCUUAUAAUAAUGCUACAAAUAUAUUUAUUUCGAAUUUUUCCAUCCCCCUAUGGCUUCAUUCGAUUCCCCUUUAUUAUUCGUUUUCACUUAGAGUUCAGAACUGGUUUGAAAUAGUUUUUGAUUUGAAAAUUCCUAAUUAUUUAGCGAGUGAAUGUUAAAAAAAAUCUUAAGGGAAACAGUAACUAAACGAAGAUCAUAGCAUGAGAAAAAGUCAACUGCAUUAUGGCCUAUCGACUAAGGUACUGUGUAUCCUAGUAUAUCUAAAUGCAUGACGUCAGUAUUCAGCUUGUUGCAAUUACAGACACUCUGAAAAGUGUAUCAUACUGUCAUGGAAACGAAACGUGGAAACUUAAAAAAAUAAUAAUCUCUGAACCGUUUCUGAAAUGUGACAAAAUAUAUCCAAAACCCAACUCGGGGAUGCUGACUUUCUCAUUUAAAACGUAGGAGAUCAAAGAAACAGAAUAAAUACUUAUUAUCAAAAUGCAUAUACUCAUAAAGCACCAAGUUACAGUAUUACUUCAUUAGCGCAGUGCAUGGACCUUUGAACAUAGAAAAAGUAAACCUAUUAUGAGUCAGGCCUUCCAUUUCACCACUAAAUUUAGGGAUACGUUUGUUUGUUUUCACAAAACAAAACAACAGAAACAACUGUUAUUUUACUGAAAUUAGCCUUUGUUUAAUAGAUAUUGCCAAUAAUCAUUUUGUACAUUAGUUGCUAGUGCCUUUACCCCGCUCACCAUGCAACAGGCUCAGUGAAAGUGCCUCUGUGUAUAUAGCCUACAAUGGAAAUCCAUGACAAGUUGAACAGAUCAGAUGCAAAAGAUCUUGCUUGCUUCAGCACUAUUUUGCUGUUAUUAUUGUUGUUGAUGAUGAGGAUGAUGAGGAUUGAUUAUUCAGAUCAUUAUUAAUACAGUCAGAGAAUGUUUGGUGAAAACAACCAUGGAGGUGCACUACCAACAUGAUCCAUAGUUGAGUUGACCCAAGACUAGAACAAUA